UAAACUGGCCCUCCCUUGUUGUGCGUUUGUAUAUUUUCAGGAAGCUUCACCAAAUUAGCAUGUUUUGACUGUUUUUAAAUGGAUGAGAUUAUACCGUUUUCUUUCUUGUGGGCUACUCUUCUAUUCUGAAACAUUUCUCACGACACGCAGGCAACCGAAUCUGUUUUUUGCAGACUCUAAAUAGCUAGCUAGCACAGUCAUGCCAUCGCAUGAUCUGAAAUUGUAGAAGUUAGCUAUUAGCUAGGUUUUCUCUGCUUUAGACGUUUUGCAAUGUCUUCUAUCCUGGAUGAAUACGAGGACUCGCAGAACAGCAGACACCCUGUGCAACACAGUAGCCGCCUGUCUGCUGCCAACAUCGGCAUAACACACUCCGGGUUCGUGAAUGUGAGACUGGAGGAGGAGAAGCCGAUAUUCAACAAACAGAGGAUUGAUUUCUCACCCCCAGAGAAAAUCAACCACUUCGCUGUCUGCAACAAUCAGCUAUGCAUGAGUUUAGGGAAGGACACUCUUCUGAGGAUUGACCUUGCCAAGCCAGACCAGCCCAACCAGAUAGAACUGGGGAGGAAGGAUGACAGCAGAGUACACAAGCUCUUCCUGGACCCCACAGGGUCCCACCUGGUGAUUUCUCUCAGUACCAGUGAGUGUCUAUAUCUGAACAGGAACACCCAGAAGGUGAGGUCUCUGUCCCGCUGGAGAGGACACCUCAUAGAGAGUCUAGGCUGGAACAAGCUUCUGGGGACCGAGACCAACACUGGGCCCAUCCUAGUGGGAACCAGCCAGGGAAUCAUCUUCGAGGCUGAGAUCUCUGCUUCAGAGGGAAGCCUGUUUAACACCAACCCUGACCAGUACUUCAAACAGGUCCAUUCCCUGGAGGAGGAUGGGAAGCCAGCUCCAGUAUGCUGUAUAGAGGUGGAGCGAGGUCUGGAGUCUAAAGUCUUCAUCAUCGCCACCACCAGGAAGCGCCUGUUCCAGUUCGUAGGUCGCGUGGCAGACGGGUCAGAGCAGCAAGGCUUCAGCUCCAUCUUCUCACAGAACCAGGAGCUGCUGCCCAGCUUCCAGGAGUUUCCCUUUAACAUGGGCUACAGUGAGAUCACCUUCUACACCUCCAAGCUCAGGUCCUGCCCCAAGGCCUUCGCAUGGAUGAUGGGUAACGGAGUUCUCUACGGUCAGCUGGACUACGUCAAGCUGGACUCGCUGCUCAGUGAUGUGCAGGUGUGGGAUUACACCCCAGACAUAGACUUCAGUUUCAACAAGCCCAUCUCCAUCGUGUUGACUCAGUUCCACUUUCUACUCCUCCUCCCUGACCGCGUCAAGGCCAUCUGCACACUCAACGGACAGGUGGUGUGCGAGGACGUGUUCCCUGAUAAGUUUGGCACCCUGAAGAAGAUGAUCAAGGACCCAGCAGGAGGCCUGGUGUGGAUCUACACUGAGAAGGCCGUCUUUAGAUACCACAUCCAGAGAGAAGCCAGGGAUGUGUGGCAGAUGUACAUGAGUAUGAACAAGUUUGACCUGGCUAAGGAGUACUGCCGGGACCGGCCAGAGUGCAUGGACAUGGUCCUGGCUAAGGAGUACUGCCGGGACCGGCCAGAGUGCAUGGACAUGCUCCUGGCUAAGGAGGCAGAGCACUGCUUCCAGAACAAACGCUACCUGGAGAGUGCCGAGUGCUACGCUCUGACCCAGAACUACUUUGAGGAGAUCGCGUUGAAGUUCAUCGAGGCGAAACAGGAAGAAGCUCUGAAAGAGUUCCUUCUAAAGAAACUCAACAACCUGAAACAGAGUGAGAAGACCCAGAUCACCUUACUGGUCACCUGGCUGACUGAGCUCUACCUGAACCGCCUGGGGCUUCUGCAAUCAGACGAGGGGAAACAUGGGGUGUUCCAGGAGACGCGUGAUGAGUUCCGGAAGUUCCUCAGUAGCUCCAAACACAAGGAGUGUCUCUAUAACAACCGUACGACCAUCUAUGACCUGCUUGCUAGCCAUGGCAACGUGGACGACAUGGUCUACUUCUCUGUCAUCAUGAAGGACUAUGAGAGGGUGAUCUCCCACCACUGUCAGCAUGAUGACUAUAGCGCCGCCCUGGAGGUGCUCUCUAAGCACUGCGACGAAAAGCUCUUCUAUAAGUUCUCCCCCAUCCUCAUGCAACACAUACCUAAGAAGGUGGUGGAUGCCUGGAUCCAGAUGGGCAGCAGGCUGGAACCUAAGAAGCUGAUCCCAGCCCUGGUCAACUACAGUCAGAUGGGUUCUACACAACAGAUCCACGAGACCAUCCGCUACAUGGAGUUCUGCGUCUACCAGCUCACGGUGACAGAAGAGGCCAUACACAACUACCUGCUGUCCGUCUACGCCAAGUACAAACCUGAGAGUCUCCUGUGGUACCUGGAACAGGCUGGGACCCACGCUUCAGACAUCCACUAUGAUUUAAAGUAUGCCCUGAGGCUGUGUGCUGAACAUGGCUACCUCCAGGCCUGUGUUCUGGUCUAUAAGAUCAUGGGGCUGUAUGAGGAAGCUGUCGAUCUGGCUCUACAAGUGGAUGUGGACUUGGCCAAGUCGUGUGCUGACCUGCCUGAGGAUGAUGAGGAGUUGAGGAAGAAGUUGUGGCUGAAGAUCGCCCGUCACGUGGUGCAGGAGGAGAAGGAUGUGAAGAAGGCCAUGAACUGUCUGUCCAGCUGUAACCUGUUGAAGAUAGAAGACAUACUGCCUUUCUUCCCAGACUUCGUCACCAUAGACCACUUCAAGGAGGCUAUCUGCAGCUCUUUAGAGGAGUACAACCAGCACAUAGACGAGCUGAAGCAGGAGAUGGAGGAGGCGACGGAGAGCGCCAAGCGGAUCAGAGAGGACAUCCAGGAGAUGAGGAACAAGUACGGGGUGGUGGAGAGCCAGGAGAAAUGCGCUGCCUGCGACUUCCCCCUCCUCAACAGACCCUUCUACCUGUUCCUCUGUGGUCACAUGUUCCACUACGACUGCCUUUUCCUGGAGGUGAGCCCUCACCUGUCCACCUACAAGCAGACUAAACUAGAUGAGAUGCAGAAGAAGCUGGCUGCAGCCACUCAGACCUCCAAGUCCCGCCACCGCCCCGCCCCCAAGGAGAAGGAGGAGGGGGGUGACACCGCCAGCCUGGGGAAAGGAAGCGCCGGAGUCAGCCGAGAGCAGAUCAAGUCCGACAUCGAUGACAUCAUCGCCUCCGAGUGUGUGUACUGCGGUGAGCUGAUGAUCAAGUCAAUCGACAAGCCAUUUAUUGAUCCACAGAAGUUUGAGGAGGAGAAGUCCAGCUGGCUCUGAAAUGGAUGGUUGGACCUGCCUGAAACUGGACAGGCUUGAAAUGGCAGACUUGAGGUGGCUGUCUGAAAUGAACGGGUCUGAAAUGGACUUGAGCUGCCAUUCUGAAAUGACAAGUGAAAUGAAGUGGGACUGUAAUUGGUCUGAAAUGGGCUUUAACUGUCUGAACUUUUGAGUGAAAUAAGACUUGUCUAUUUCAUAAAUGUCUGAAAUGAUGACUGAGAUGCGCUGCUCGUGCUGUCUGAAAUGGAAAGGAAACGAGCAGUGAGUACAUUGCUGUGUGAGCAGUGAGUACCGUAUUCUCUGUGAUGAUGGGAAGUACACAGCGCCUGGCGAUGGAUACUCACAGGAGAGGGGAAGAAUGCAGGAGCUCCUUUAUAACCUCUUAGCCCCUAUAAUAAUAUUAUUAUUACUUCUCUGUAAUAUCAUAUGUUCUAGUCUCUCUCUCUCUCUCUCUCUUCCUUCUUUCUCUCUUGUUUUUUCAGCGAAGCUUCAAACUGCACUAUGAUCGGUUUACUGUCUUUACACUCAAAUCUGUCUGAAUUAACAAAAUAACUCUCACAUUUUUCUCUGAAAUUAGAUUUAGAAAUUCAGAUUUAUAAAUAUCAACUGGUAUUAGUUAAUUCCACUGGCUAGUGACAUGAAUGGUACUAUGGAAUGUAUGUUUAUGAAUUACUUAUGUUUUUGUUGUUAGUGACAGUUAUGGCGUCAUGACAACUUCCUUCACACCUGUUGCAUUGGCUGGCAGUUUAUUCUGUUGUGACACCCUCUGAGAUCAGGUCAAUGUAACCCCACUUUGCUAUGGUUUGCUAAAUGUGCUUUAUGAAAAUUAAAACAAAUGCUCAAAUCGG